AUGCUAACUUGGCAACGACAAAUAUAUUCUGGGGCACCAAAAAUUCAAAUGCCUAACAUUAUAUAUACCUAUACGGUUUGCCCAGAAGGACGGUAUAUUUAUAUUAUUGGUGCAAAUAUUUAUAUUCGCACAACGGUUAAUGUUGAAAUAACUCAAAAAUUAGCAUUAUGGAUUUUUGAUUGUGCUAAAUUAAACAUGUCAAUAUAUGACCUACAUUAUGAGACUUAUCCAGGUAGAAUUGUUGAUUUCUAUUCAUUAAGUGCUAAAAAAUGCGUACUACUUAUGUAUAAUAAUGAAAUGAAAUUGUUAACACAAUAUCUAUUGGUAAUUAAUAAGGAAACAAAUGAUACGGUUGAAAUUUUAUGUCGAAAUUGGAAAAUUGACGCAUCUGAAGCACUUCGAGUUGGAUACGGUGGUUUACAGUUUGGGUAUAUUGUAGUAAGUGGUUAUACAACACCAGAAUUGGGCAAUGUUUUGGAUGUACGAAUGUUACCCGCUGAUCCAGGAUCAAUGACAAUUCCGGCAGUCAAUAUGGAUAUUCCGGUUGCAAGAUUAGAAUCACUGAUAAAGCAAUAUCCAUUACAAAAUUUGAUUGUUUGGCCUGGUUCAGUACCAUUGAUAAAUGAUAAAGGGCUUUAUUUUUUGCUUACACGAAGAACAGGUCAAAUGCUAGUUUAUGAAACAAGUCUUCUUGGUGCGAUUAAAUUUUUACCAGAUGGAACAUAUAAUCCAAUAUUAAUUACAGUAGAUGAUUCAGCUGUUAAGCAUCUAUCAGAACGAGAACUUUGCAUUAAUUAUGUAUCAAUGUUAGCUCAACGUGAUCGAACAUGUUGGAUGAAUUCAAUUGUGCCAGCUGAUCCAUCUCAUUGGAGAAAUAUUUUACAACGAUUUAUUAUUAUGAUUUUUGGAUUCAUAUUAUUGUAUUUUGGAUCAUUAUUCGUAUGGCUAUCAUAUUUUGAUGGAGGAUUUUGUGCUUAUUGGUUUAUUCGUGCUUUCAUUUGGUUGGAUAGUGGUCAUUUAGUGGCCCAUAUUGGAUUAAAUCCAUCAUUUUAUAUUUUCAAAUUAGAUAUGGAUUGCUAUCGAUUAUCAACAAAGAGUUUUGAUGCAAAUUAUACUUGGCUAAAAUUAGGUGGCCAUGCAAUGAUUGAUAUAAUGAAUGAUGGUAGUGCUACAAUGUCUGAAUUAACUCGAGAAUGUAAUAUUAUACGAAUUACAGAAUUUCCAUCACCGUUUGUACCUCAAACACUUCGUCGACAAGCACUAAAUAAAUGUAUUAAUUUAUUUCCAAAAUUAUGUUCCUCUGAAGUACUUCGACUGGAAUGUGGUAUUACAGAUUAUCCGGAAUUAUAA